AUGGCGGAAGGAGGAGAGCGAGAGGAGCUGCUCUCGCCGCCGCCGGUCUCCCCGGCGAAGCGGCUGUGCCCGUGGCCCAGCCCGCAGGCUCACCUCCCUCGCGGGUCGCCCGGGACGGCCAGCGGAGGGGUGGGGGGCGUCGGCAGCAGCUGCCUGGCCCCCGAGGCCCGCCCCCACCUGCAACCGGAGUCCCUGCUGGACUGCGCCGCCAAGACGGUGGCGGAGAAGUGGGCGUACGAGCGGGUGGAGGAGCGCUUCGAGCGGAUCCCGGAGCCGGUGCAGCGCCGCAUCGUCUACUGGUCCUUCCCACGGAAUGAGCGGGAGAUCUGCAUGUACUCCAGCUUCCAGUACCGGAACGGCCCGGGCGCCGGGGCGGCCGGCGGCGCGGCGGGGGCUUCGUCGGCCGACGAGGGGUCGCCGCCGCCGCCCACAACACCCGGGGCCGCCGCUCCGGCCGGCUCCGCCCCCGGGGCCGCGGGGCCCGGCGCGUCCCCCGGGCUGGUCACUGGGGCCGGCGCGGCGAACGGCGGCGGCGGCGAGGGGCUGCCCUUCCGCCGGGGCAUCCGUCUGCUGGACAGCGGCUCCGUGGAGAACGUGCUGCAAGUCGGCUUCCAUCUGAGCGGCACAGUAACUGAGCCAGCCACAGCUUCUGAACCAACAGUGACUUACAAAGUUGCAAUCAGUUUUGAUCGAUGCAAAAUCACUUCAGUGACAUGUGGCUGUGGAAAUAAGGACAUAUUCUAUUGUGCUCAUGUGGUAGCACUCUCACUCUACAGGAUCCGUAAACCAGACCAAGUCAAACUACGUCUUCCUAUCUCAGAAACCCUUUUCCAGAUGAAUAGGGACCAGCUACAGAAGUUUAUUCAGUAUUUAAUUACAGCACACCACACUGAAGUUCUUCCUACUGCACAAAAACUGGCAGAUGAGAUUCUGUCCUCCAACUCAGAAAUCAACCAAGUGAAUGGUGCCCCUGACCCCACAGCCGGGGCCAGUGCUGACGACGAGAACUGUUGGCAUUUGGAUGAAGAACAGGUGAAGGAACAAGUGAAGCUCUUUCUCUCCCAGGGGGGUUACUAUGGCUCUGGAAAGCAGCUCAAUUCAAUGUUGGCCAAGGUUCGAGAGAUGCUGCGGAUGAGAGAUUCCAAUGGAGCCAGAAUGCUGACACUUAUAACUGAGCAAUUUAUGGCUGACCCACGACUCACACUCUGGAGGCAGCAAGGAACAAGCAUGACAGAUAAGUGCAGGCAGCUUUGGGAUGAGCUAGGGGCCUUGUGGGUGUGCAUAAUUUUAAAUCCGCACUGCAAACUAGAGGAGAAAUCCUGUUGGCUACAGCAACUAAAGAAGUGGAGUGACUUGGAUGUCUGUCCUCUAGAAGAUGGAAAUUAUGGCCAUGAACUGCCCAAUAUCACCAAUGCACUUUCCCAGAAUGCCAAUCAUAGCUCAGACUCCUUAUCCCGGCCAAGACGAACAGUGUUCACUAGAGCCAUCGAAGGCCGUGAAUUACACUGGCAGGAUAGCCACCUACAGCGAAUAAUCAGCAGUGAUUUAUAUACAGCUCCUGCGUGCCAGCGGGAAAGUGAGCGACUACUCUUUAAUUCCCAUGGUCAGCCGCUGUGGCUUGAACAUGUGCCUACUGCUUGUGCUCGAGUUGAUGCCCUGCGAUCUCAUGGUUACCCAAAAGAGGCCCUCAGACUCACAGUGGCCAUUAUUAAUACUCUGAGGUUGCAGCAGCAGCGGCAGCUGGAAAUCUACAAGCAUCAGAAGAAAGAAUUGUUGCAGAGAGGAACAACAACAAUCACAAACCUGGAGGGCUGGGUGGGCCACCCCCUGGAUCCCAUUGGCUGCCUGUUUCUCACUCUGACCGAGGCUUGCCGCCUGAAUGAUGACAGCUAUAUGGAAGUGUCAGAUAUGAAUGAAAGCAGACUCCCUGUGUACCAGCACGUGCCUGUGGCUACAGGCUGCUCAAACAGCAGUGAGUCCUACCUGUCAUUGGCCCUAGAAGUUGCUCUUAUGGGCAUGGGUCAACAGAGGGUGAUGCCUGAAGGCCUCUAUGCACAGGACAAGGUGUGCCGCAACGAGGAGCAACUCCUAAGCCAACUCCAGGAGCUGCAGCUGGAUGACGAGCUAGUGCAGACGUUACGGAAACAGUGCAUGCUGUUGCUUGAAGGGGGCCCUUUCAGUGGUCUAGGAGAAGUCAUCCACAGAGAGAGUGUGCCCAUGCAUACCUUUGCCAAGUAUUUGUUCUCAGCUCUGCUGCCUCAUGAUCCAGACUUGUCCUAUAAAUUAGCCUUACGUGCUAUGAGGUUACCUGUUCUAGAAAAUUCGACUUCUGUAGGCGACACUUCUCACCCUCAUCAUAUGGUGUCUGUAGUGCCCAGCCGUUAUCCUCGUUGGUUCACGCUUGGACAUUUGGAAUCACAACAGUGUGAACUGGCCUCCACCAUGCUUACUGCUGCCAAAGGAGACACUCUGAGGCUGCGAACUAUUCUAGAAGCAAUACAGAAGCACAUCCAUUCUUCCUCCCUCAUCUUCAAACUGGCCCAAGAUGCUUUCAAGAUUGCUACUCCCACAGACAGUAGUACAGACAGCACUCUGCUCAAUGUUGCUCUGGAGCUGGGGUUACAGGUGAUGCGGAUGACCUUAUCAACCCUAAACUGGAGACGCAGGGAGAUGGUGCGAUGGUUGGUGACCUGUGCUACAGAAGUGGGUGUGCGGGCCCUGGUGAGCAUCUUGCAGAGCUGGUACACACUCUUCACCCCCACCGAGGCUACUAGUAUUGUAGCUGCCACAGCCGUAUCCCACACCACUAUCCUGCGCCUCAGUCUUGACUACCCACAGCGGGAGGAACUGGCCAGCUGUGCUCGCACGCUAGCCCUGCAGUGUGCUAUGAAGGAUCCACAGAGCUGUGCCUUGUCAGCCCUCACACUCUGUGAGAAAGACCACAUUGCCUUUGAAGCAGCCUAUCAGAUUGCCAUUGAUGCCGCUGCUGGUGGUAUGACCCAUUCACAGCUGUUCACAAUUGCCCGCUACAUGGAGCUCCGUGGCUACCCGCUCCGUGCCUUCAAGCUGGCCUCACUGGCCAUGAGCCAUCUUAACCUGGCCUACAAUCAGGAUACUCACCCAGCCAUCAAUGAUGUGCUCUGGGCUUGUGCCCUUAGCCACUCUCUGGGCAAGAAUGAACUGGCAGCACUCAUCCCCCUGGUAGUGAAAAGUGUGCACUGUGCCACAGUGCUCUCAGACAUCCUGCGGCGUUGCACUGUGACGGCACCUGGCCUGGCUGGCAUUCCAGGCCGCCGCAGCUCUGGAAAACUCAUGUCCACUGACAAAGCUCCAUUGCGUCAGCUACUGGACGCCACCAUCAAUGCCUAUAUCAACACUACACACUCACGCCUAACACAUAUCAGUCCCCGCCACUAUGGUGAGUUCAUUGAGUUUCUGAGCAAAGCUCGGGAGACCUUCCUGCUGCCCCAGGAUGGUCACUUGCAGUUUGCCCAAUUCAUUGACAACCUCAAACAGAUUUACAAAGGCAAGAAGAAGCUGAUGCUGCUGGUUCGGGAGCGCUUUGGCUGAGAAAGCAGAUAGCUUGCUGCCAGGGCAACCUGGGCUACCAGGUACUAUGAAUUCAGGCCGAGGACUGAAGCAUUCAUCCACCCUGAGAGGACUCUAAGCACCUGUGGCUUAGGCCGAAGACCACAGACCUAAGGAUGGAAGAGCAAACUCUACCAACAUACCUGCCUUGGCAAGCUUCUCACUAUAACCCACUGUUCCUGGAGAAGCUAGGCCCUGCAGAUCGAUCAGAAGUCCCCACAACAUGCCACCUCACGCCCCUAUAUCCUGCGUGUCCUGGCCACUGGCCCCUCACCCUUGGCAAACACAGAACACUGUUCCGUCUCAGGGAUAGCUUAACCAGAGAAACAGAAGCAUUUAUGGUACUGUAAAUAUUAUAGUAUAUGUGUUGCCUAUUAUUGUAAAAUUGUAACUAUUUGUAAUUCUGAUUCUGAUUUCUUGGGCACUUGAAGUAGCUGAGCGUGGGAGGAUAGGCUUGUUUUCUAAGGAGACUCACAAUCAUUUCUCAGGUUUCCCUUGCAGAGUGUGUGCUAUUGGUAGUGGAUGAGUAGGGGGCAGCAGGGAAGAAACAAGGGACAGUUAAAAGAAGUCCUGAGUCCUGUCUGUGCACAGACUCCAGCCUACAGACAGGGCAUCAGUAGUCAAGUGGUCGGUGAGGGGCAGAGGUCAAGUCUGGGCUUAGAAAUUUUGCCUCACAAAGCUGAGGACUCUGAAGCUCCUGUCCUUGCCUCACAGCCUCUCCACAAGCCUGAUGAACACCAGAGUAACAUGCAGGGAGAAGAUGAAGGUCUAGGAAGCCACUGAGCUCAUAAUAUACAUACAUCUGCUCUUAUCACCUUUAUGUUAGAGAGAAUCUGGGUUCAAGUCCAUGUGUAUGUGUGUAUAUCUGUAUAGCUAGGAACAUUGGUCUGUGUGCAUAGAUGUAUGUAUGCAUGCCUGCGUAUCACACAAGUGAUACACACUUGUGUCCAUUACAUACCAUAUGUGUAGGUUUCUGUGUUCACUGUUUCAUUUGUGUAUGCGUAAUGAUGCCUAUCUGUGUAGUAUAUUCAUGUCUACAUAUUUAGUGCAUGUGUACCUAGCUACAUGUGACGGCCUGUGUGUGAUCUAAGAGAAUGCCUGCUAACCAUGGAUCUGUGUCUUUCUAUGUGUAACUAAGUUGUUUCUAUAUGUAUGUAUGUCAGUGUAUUCACGUUUGAGGAUCCACAUGAAUGUAUGCCUUCUUUCUGCCAGUUCUCUCUUCCUCCAUUCCUUUUUUUAAGUCUCACUAACUAAACAUGUUCCCCUUCUCUGCCUCCUUUCUCUCACAAGCAAACUGUUAAGCACCACUGUCCCUCUGCCAUAAGAUUAGCUGCUUUAGCCCCCAUUUUUCUUACCCAUACUUGCUCCUUCCUCCCCCGACUUUCUACCUCAGACUUCCUCUGCCUACUUCGUGGUAAUCCCAGUGGUUGCUGAUUUAGAGGCUGAGGCUGGUAUUCCUCUGGCCUUACCCUUCCUGAUUUCUAUCCCUAGUGAACAACCCUUGUCUUAGCCUUUGCUGACUUGCACAGUGUAUCAUGUUCCUGCUACCUUUGUUACCCCUAUGCGUAGCCUGGAAUUCCAAUAGGAAGAAGCAAGGGCAUUCAAAAGUCAAUUGGAUACCAGUGUCUUGGGUGUUUACUGUUUCAUGUCUUAGUUCCUGAGUCGGGUGGGAUUGGAUAGGGAAGGGGUGGUAUAGCUAGAAUAAACUAAGGACCUUUCUGUCUGCUUUCUGUAUGGAACACUGUCUUUUUUUUUUUUUUUAAUCCCAAACUGACCAGUAAGUUGUAUUUGCUGUUUGUGGCUACUAAAGUGUUGCUGUCCAGCCAAGGGCCCCUACAAUGUCUCAGCCCAAUGGGUUGGUAAAAAAAAAAAAGAGAGAGAGAGAGAGAAGCCA